GUCAAACCACAAUAUAACCUCAACUGUAUCAUUUUAUUCUAUGGCAUAAAAUAGUAAAUAUUAUUUUCCUAACUGUAUAGAAGCAAGAAAUCAUUCAAUUAUGAAUAUUCCUAUUAUAAAACUUCUCCAGUCAGGUUUUGGUACCAGCAGUGUGAUAUCGCAAUGUUCACCAAUACUAGCAUCUCAACUGCACACGUCUGCUCCGCUAUGCCGAGUGGUAUCAGGCAAAUACAGGAUCACGAAGAAACGAGACAGGCCCCUAACAUAUGAAAUGGCAAAUCCUCCACAUUACAUUGCUCACCGAAAAUCAUGGAACUCUUGGAAUACUUCCAAUUUAAAGGAUGGCCUAAGAAGGUCUGAGACAGCAGUUGAAGAUGAAUUCAUUAGAAGAUUCAUGACUGGUACAUGGCAUGGCCUUGUUUGCAGUGAGGUUAUAAUCAAACGGCAAUUCAACCACAUACGAGUAGCUGCUAUCAUCAGGCGAGCUGUGUCACCCACUAAAAUGUAUUUUCUACUUGGCUACACUGAAGAAUUACUCUCAAACUGGCUACAGUGCCCAGUCACCCUUGAAUUACAGACAGUUGAUAGCUUCAAAGAUGUUGUGUUCAAAUAUAUUUAAUGUUACCAUUUUAUUUGUAGUGUAGUCAUUAGUAUUAAUAAAGUGUAUAUGAAAAUAUU